AUGAGGCCAAAACCAGCCACGCUGGGAAUGACUGAAGAACAGCACCUCCGGGCGACUCUUCAGGCCACUGGUGCCAUGGAGGAAAACGUCUCCAUUUCCAGCUGCUCUGACACCUGGAUCGAGCCCACUUUCACCCUAGCAGCAAGGGUCCGGGUGAUCAUCACCAUCUGCUUCUUCCUGGUAGCUGUGUGCAGCAACUCGGCCGUUCUGUACAGCAUCCUGAGGAAGCGGAGGAAGUCCCAUGUCAAGUUGCUGAUCCUGAGCUUAACGGCAGCGGAUCUGCUGGUGACCUUCACGGUCAUGCCCCUGGACGCGGUGUGGAACGUGACGGUUCAGUGGUACGCCGGGGACUUGUUGUGUAAAUUGCUGAACUUCCUCAAGCUCUUCGCCAUGUACUCUGCAGCCCUGGUGCUGGUGGUGAUCAGCAUUGACCGGCACUCAGCCAUCCUCCACCCCUUCACCUUCGCCAGUUCCAGUCGGCGCAAUAGACUCAUGCUAUGUGUCGCUUGGGUCAUGAGUCUUUUCCUGGCCUCACCCCAGCUUUUUCUUUUCCACCUGCACACCGUCCCCGGGGUCAACUUCACCCAGUGCGUGACCCACGGGAGCUUCCGGGAACACUGGGAAGAAACGGCCUACAACAUGUUCACCUUCACCACCCUCUACGUCACCCCACUGAGCGUCAUCAUCGUGUGCUACAUCCGCAUCAUAUGGGAAAUCAGCAAGCAGCUGAAGAUCAACAAGGGUCUGGCAAGAAGCAAAGACGACCACAUCUCCAAGGCGCGAAUGAAGACUCUCAAGAUGACCAUUGUGAUCGUCGCCACCUUCAUUAUCUGCUGGACCCCUUAUUACCUCCUAGGCUUGUGGUACUGGUUUCAGCCAGACAUGAUUCAGAGGAUGCCAGAGUACAUCAACCACAGCCUCUUCCUCUUCGGCUUGCUGCACACGUGCACCGACCCCGUGAUCUACGGGCUCUAUACCCCUUCCUUCCGGGAGGACAUGAAGAUGUGUCUGAGAGGAAUUGAAACCGUGUUCACCGGGCAGGAGAGGCACAAGCCCAUCUCCAGUUCUGAGGUGAAUGUCAAAGACUACGUUGCAAACGGUGGGGCAGCUUCGGGUGGGUCCAACGGGACGACCGUCCACACAGUUUGCUAAGGGGAAUCAUCCCAGAGGAGGAAAGGAACUGAGGGCAUUGCAUUGUGGAGAUGGCCAAGGACACUCGUUUUCCACCCCACAAUAGUUGCCCAUGUGUUAUCGAGUCCUUUGCAUCUCCUGAACUCAGUCAGGAUGGA